CUCUGCUCCUCCUCACAAUAGAGCGGCGCGGGUUCCUUUCUCCGGGUUUUCAAGGCGCCCUGUUAAAAUCCACCUCUCGCGCCGAAGGCUCGGGCUGCGUAGCGAAGCGAGGGGCGCGCGGCAGAGGAGGGAGCUUGCCGGGAGCAGCAGCUGGAGAAGGAGAAGGAGGAGGAGGAGGAGAGCGAGGCGGCGGCAGAGGAGGCGGGUGGGAAGGAAGGAACUGAGCAGCAGCGAAGGUGGCCGCGGCCGCUUCCCCGGACCCUGCGCGGAGAGAGAUCAUGGGGGACCCGGCGCCUUCCGAUGCCGGCUGCUAGCAAGUGACGGACGCUUGGACUGAGGAGGAAGCCAGGCGAGUUUGGAAAGAGCCCGGAGAGACACACUCGGCGCCGGGGACGCGAGGGCGGCAGCGGCUUCUUCGGAGGGCGUAGCGCGGCACUCGCCCAGGGUCUCUCCCCAGCCAUGCCUUUCGCCAAGCGGAUAGUGGAGCCGCAGUGGUUGUGCCGCCGGCAGCCCGUCGCCUCGGUGCUGGACGAGGGCGCGGGAGGCGAGCCGCCGCCGCCGCCGCCGCCGCCUCCUCCUCAGCCGGGGAGCAGCCCGAGAGAGGAGCCGGGCGAAGCGGCAGCGGCGUCGGCUGCGACAGACGAGCCGGAGGAAGAAGCCGCGGGGCUGGCGGUGGUGCUGCCGGCCGAUGGGCAGGAGAAGGAGGCGGCGGCGCUGAUGGUGCUGGACCUGUGCUCGCUCAGCAACGUGGCUCUGUCGCGGAUCCUCCGGCAGCUCUCCGAUGUGGCCCGGCAUGCGUGCGCCCUCUUCCAGGAGAUCGAGGGCGAGAUCCAGAUCACCCAGCGCAGGGUCCGGGCGCUGCACGGCAGGAUCGGCGGUGUCCAAGGGGUUAUACACAGCCUGGAUCCCAAGCAGGAGGCAGUGCCUGUCUCAAACCUGGAUGCAGAGAGUAAACUGAGUGUCUACUAUCGCGCCCCUUGGCAUCAGCAAAGAAACAUCUUUCUUCCUUCCACCCGACCAGCUUGUGUAGCGGAGCUGCAUCGCCACGCAAAGCAGAACCUGCGAGCCUUGAGGAAAGAGCAACGAAACUGGAGUGGUAACAGGGAACAAAAGAUCCUGGGCCAAAUCUCUGUGGUGGCUUCCCCAUUUCCCUCCCUCCCUGUGACCUACACCCAGAAGAACAAAGAGACAAAGAACCAUCCCUUGCUAAAAUUUUACAGCACCCGCUCGCACUCCCCCACCGAGUGUUGCCACAUGACCCCAUGGAGUCGAAAGUCCCACCCUCCGGAGGAAGAAGAUACAGAUGUCAUGUUAGGGCAGAGGCCGAAAAAUCCAAUACAUAAUGUCCCUUCUACACUGGAUAAGCAUACCAAUUGGAGCAAAGCACUACCUCUCCCAACUCCAGAGGAGAAAAUGAAACAAGAUGCCCAAGUGAUUUCCUCUUGCAUUAUCCCCAUCAAUGUCACUGGAGUUGGUUUUGACAGAGAGGCUAGUAUACGCUGCUCUCUUGUUCACUCACAAUCCGUACUACAGCGGAGACGGAAAUUGAGAAGGAGGAAAACCAUCUCUGGCAUCCCCAGAAGAGUCCAACAAGAAAUAGAUUCUGACGAAUCACCAGUAGCAAGAGAGCGGAAUGUGAUUGUGCAUGCAAAUCCAGACUUCUCUAAUAACGUCAACAGGAGGUCAGGUACCAGAGACUCUGAGUGCCAGACAGAAGAAAUCCUUAUUGCUGCCCCAUCCCGGAGAAGAAUUCGAGCUCAAAGGGGUCAGAGCGUAGUAGCCUCCCUGUCUCACUCAGCUGGCAACAUACUGGUGCUGACAGACAAUGGUGAUCCCAUGUUUACAACAUCAGUAAGCAACCGCAUCAGAUCUAGGAGUCUUCCUCGUGAAGGUGCUAGAGUCAAUGAAGGGGACCACAACUCUGGUGCCAAAAUGUCAGCGUACGAUGCAGAACACUUUCUAGCAAGCCAAGAAAGGAUCUCCACAAAGAGUAAAGAUGUCAUCAAUACCCAGUGUUCACAAGAACACCAUCCCAUAGGUUUAACUUGUUCUCAGCAUCUUCAUAGUCCAGACUGUAAUUCAAAUGAGAGGGGGAGGUCAAGGUUGUCAAGGAUGGCAGAUUCUGGAAGCUGUGAUAUUUCAUCAAACUCUGAUACCUUUGGAAGUCCCAUUCACUCCAUCUCCACAGCUGGGGUUCUUCUUAGCAGUCACAUGGACCAGAAAGAUGAUCACCAGUCAUCCAGUGGGAACUGGAGUGGAAGCAGCUCAACAUGUCCUUCCCAAACAUCCGAAACAAUUCCUCCUGCUGCCUCUCCCCCACUGACUGGUUCUUCACACUGUGAUUCAGAAUUAUCCCUGAACAUUGCCCCUAACGCCAAUGAAGAUUCUAGUGUCUUCAUAACCGAACACUACAGUGAUCAGCUAGAUAAGGUUAGAGGACACAGGACAAGUUCUUUCACUUCCACUGUAGCGGACCUACUCGAUGACCCUAAUAACAGCAACACGAGUGACAGUGAAUGGAAUUUCUUGCUUCAUCACCACGAUGCAUCCUGCCGCCAGGAUUUCAGCCCUGAACGCCCCAAGACAGACAGUCUGGGAUGUCCAAGUUUUACAAGCAUGGCCACAUACGAUAGUUUUAUAGAGAAGACACCAUCUGACAAAGCAGACAGUAGCUCACACUUUUCAGUUGACACUGAAGGCUAUUAUACCUCCAUGCACUUUGACUGUGGUCUCAAGGGAACUAAAAGUUAUAUUUGUAACUAUGCAGCUGUGGGCUCCGAGAGUGGCCAGAAUGCAAGCAUUGCUUCCAAUCUCACUAACUGCACCUGGCAGGAUUACGUAAACCAUAGGAGGCAAGGAAAGCAGAGCAUCUCUCUAAAGAAACCAAAGGCAAAGCCAGCCCCACCAAAACGCAGUUCAUCUUUAAGGAAAUCUGACAGCAGCAUAGAUCUUCCUGAGAAGAAAGAACCAAAGAUAAGCAGUGGGCAGCAGCACAUGCCUCAUACUUCCAGGGAAAUGAAGCUGCCCCUCGAGUUUUCAAACACACCUUUGAGAGCAGAAAACACUAGUCUGCCAAGCAAGCAGGAACUCGCCUGGGAUAAUCAGGAUGAGAACGGAUUAAAAGACCCUCCAUUUGACACCAUGGACAUCCCAUCCUUUAAAGACGAAGGUGCUGAACAAUCUCACUAUGCAGAUCUCUGGCUUUUAAAUGACUUGAAAUCGAACGACCCUUAUAGGUCUUUAUCCAAUUCUAGCACUGCUACGGGUACUACAGUCAUAGAAUGCAUAAAGUCGCCCGAAAGUUCUGAAUCGCAAACGUCACAGUCUGGAUCAAGAGCCACCACUCCCUCCCUCCCUUCUGUUGAGAACGAGUUCAAAUUGGCUUCCCCGGAAAAGUUGGCUGGUUUAGCUUCUCCUUCAAGUGGUUACUCAAGUCAGUCUGAAACACCAACAUCAUCUUUUCCUACAGCUUUCUUUUCUGGGCCCUUAUCCCCAGGGGGGAGUAAAAGAAAGCCAAAGGUACCAGAAAGGAAGUCCUCAUUACAACAGCCUUCUUCUAAAGAUGGCAACAUAUCUCUAAACAAAGAUCUAGAACUUCCAGUUAUACCUCCUACUCAUCUUGACCUAAGUGCUCUUCAUAAUGUCUUGAAUAAACCAUAUGCUCACAGACACCAACUGCAUGCUUUUAAUUACAAUAAACCAAGUAUGGUAGAAGAAGCACUGAACUCCAGUCCUCCACCAGCCCUUGCUAUCACACCUUCAGUUCUGAAGUCUGUACAUCUUCGAUCCAUUAAUAAGCCUGAAGAAGUGAAACAAAAAGAUCAUACAGAGCUCCAUGUUCAAGGAAACACUUUAAUGGUUACUGCCAUUUCUGGUAAAAUGAAGCCACAUGUAAGCAAGAAGCAAAUAUCACGUCAAUAUUCCAUGGAAGAGGCCAUUGUGUCCUAUGUUGAUGUCUCUCCAGUACAGAUAACCCCAGAACAACUUCACAUGGCUAACAGUUUGUCUUUCAGUGAAAAGAAUACCUGCAAACAGAUGGUGAGCUCAGGAAAUAUGGGUGCUCCAACAGCUAAAUAUGUAACAGAUCAAAUGCAUCGGGUUCAUGAGUUUUUACUAGAGAGUACACUAAAUAAAGCCUGUGGCAGUUCUGCUGAACCGUUUCCACAAGGCUCAGAUGACCUUUCAAGCAAUUCUAUUGGGAAAAAACCCACUUAUGGAUCAGAGCAGGAGAGGAGUCUUGACCUUGUGCAGCUUCAGCAAGAAUUACCUGCAUACCGUGAACAAAAGUUGGAAUACGAACCUAUACAUGAAACUAUGUCCCAGUCUGGCCCCAUAGGUGGAGGAAAAGACAUUAGUCAUCAGCUAAAGCAUCGGCUUGAUCCAAGUCAACAUGAUGACAAAGUGCCUGGGAAUAUCAGCUAUGAAUCAGAGAUCUCAACUGUAGAUUCACUCAGUGAAAAAUCACCUGAGCAGGAAAACGAAAUUGUGUCAGGUAUUCCAACCAAAAGUGCCUCUGAUGAGAGUGACAGCAGAGCAGCUGAGUCACAAAGGACCCCAGAUGAUGAUGUCUUAAAAGAAUCUUCCCCAAGUGAUGAUUCCAUAUUCUCACCCUUAAGUGAAGAUUCUCAAGCUGAAGCAGAAGAAGCUUUUGUGUCUCCAAAUAAGCCUCGAACAACAGAGGAUCUAUUUGCAGUUAUUCACCGCUCAAAAAGGAAAGUUCUUGGAAGAAAGGACUCUGGAGAGGUUUCUGCAAGGAACAGAUUGAGAGCUUCAUCUAGUACUAGCAGCGUGUCUUCUAGUGCCAGCAACACAUCACCUGUGGCUUCAACUAAUGUUACCCCUACAACUGGUGCAGCAAGCCCAGCAAGCAGCCAGCGAUCUCCUGGGCUUAUUUACAGGAAUGCCAAAAAGUCCAACACAUCUAAUGAAGAAUUCAAACUGCUGCUCCUGAAAAAGGGUAGCCGGUCUGAUUCUAGCUACAGGAUGUCCGCCACAGAGAUACUAAAGAGCCCUAUUUCACCCAAAUCUCCUGGAGAACUAAUUGGGGAUGCUCUUCAAAAUGCUGAUGAGUCUCCCCAAGCCUCAUCAAGUGCCGAGGCAUUAGCUCCUCUCUCUCCUUCUACUCCGAGAAUGAAUGCAGAAGGGUUUGCCUCAAAAAGCUUUCCAACAUCAGCAUCUUCACGAGUGGGGCGGUCACGGGCACCCCCUGCAGCCAGCAGUAGCCGCUACAGUGUCCGCUGCAGACUGUACAACACCCCGAUGCAAGCCAUUUCCGAAGGAGAAACUGAGAAUUCCGACGGGAGUCCUCAUGAUGAUCGAUCUUCUCAGAGUUCCACAUAGGCUACACCUGGGCCAGAGCACACUUCUGACUGUUAAAUGGGAGGACUCUGAAAUCACUUGGCUCACCUGAAUAUAAAAGGCCAAUUCUGUAGCAGUCAAAUACCAUGCAGGGCAAUAUUGAUGCUUGAAAAUGCUAAGGGUUGCUUAAGAGACUGGGACAUGAGAAGAUGAUCUGUAGCUAUUUAUUACUUCACAUUUUUCUAUAAGUAGAAAUUUACUAAAUGGUUAACUUUCAUUUCAUUUGUCUUCAUGUUUCUCAUUGUCAAUGUAGAUUUACAUUAUCCAGUUUUCAGAAUUCCCUCUGCCCCUCCAAAGAUGUCAUUUAGGAUCAAAAACAUUACCUUCACUGUUGUGCUUCCCUAGGGAAAAAACAUUAAAUUGCUUGAGGAAUUGGUAUUUUUUUACAUUAAAAUGAACAGAAACAAAAUUUAGAAGAAAUGAACAAAACAGAUGUACAUAUCCAUAUUUUUGAUAAACAUGUAAAUAGAAUUAUCAGAGAGAGAAAUGGUUGGUGGCAAACGGUAACCUUGUUGAAAGACAAAAAAUGGAUUUAAAAAGGUACUGACUGUAUUCUGUGAAUACAAUUUUAAUAUCAAACAUAAUUUACAUAUCUACCACUUAUAAUAGAAUAAUGAUAAGCCUCUAACACAAAUUUAACCCUUUAAUUUGGGAAAAUCUGAAUAAAAUAUUACUAUAAUAUUAAUUUGAUAUUAUCUGAUCAAUUUUCUUUCCAAAAGUGCUGUUCCAAGCAAGCUAAUUUCGAAGAGCAGCUUGUGGCAAGAGGCUUAUUGUCAGGCACUACAAAUACAAACUGUUUAUAAACCAGAUUUGCAGUUGAGGCUUCUCCCAAUCCCCUGCCAAGAAUCUAGAGAAGUGUAGUCAGACAGACCACAGUUGGUAAAAUGAGAAUAAUAUCAGUCUCAUAAAUCAAGUUAAUCCUAUUGUCUCUUCCCAGACAUCUUCCUCCCCAUCGUAUAUGGCAGCCUAUGGGGAGUGCAAUUUAUAUAGCAAGGAAGGCUCACAAAGAUGAUUCCCUCUGUGUGUCUCCCUUUGCAUGUAAACAGCAAAAUUCAGAAGGGGGGGCAGGGACUCAACAGUCCAAAGGUUGCCCACACAUGCCAUAGAGAUUCUUAGCCCCAUCACACAACUACAACUCCAGGAUUUCUUGGGGGAAGCCACGACUGUUAAACAGAUUUAAGUUUCCAGUGCCUCCAUAACCAUAAUGACAACAACAACAACAAGAACAAUUGUUCGGGUAAAAAGCACACUUUAAAUAGGAAAACAAACACCUCCCCCUCUUCUAAAUGCAAAAUAUCAGCUGUCAGACUUUACUCUGAUGUUUGACACUUAAUUUGAACAAUGACUGUAAAGAGGAGGCAAGCAUAAGAAAAUGUUUUCAUAUUACUACUACUAGGCUGUUGGGUGACCUAGUCAUAACCUGGUAACGUAAAUCUUGAAACAAGAUUAGUUUCAUGUUCAUAAAGUAAAUAACUAUUAAGCAUGCAACAAAUGCUCUUGAUUCAUCAAUAAAAUUGUGUAACAACUUUUCAGUGAAGCUUUGUGCGGACAACAUUCAUGCUACCUAUAUAUUUAGAAAAUGACACUGUGAAAAAAAAAUAGCUGAGAAAUAGGUGUAUGUAUGCAUACUUUAUAUAGCUUACUAAACUUGGAAUGGGGAAGUUCUUUGGUCUAUUAUGCCAGCCACAUACAGCUCAGUUUCUUUUGGUCCUGGCUUUACCAGAAACGCUUAACAGGGUGGGAAUAUAUAGUGGGUGGGGUGGAAAAGGAAUCCAAGCAAAUACUUUGAAUAGAUGAAGGCAGGGAAACAAAAGCUGGAUUACUUGAAGUUACUUGAAUUUUCUUGUCGGAAAACUAGGAGCAAAAACAAAUUGAUAUGAGAUCAAGUACAACAGGGGUUUAAAAAAACAAACACUCAUAUGCACAAAACAAUGUCACUAUUUUUAGAAUAGAAUAUUUUGCAUAGAUGCAUCAGUUUCCCCAUUGCAAUAGACUCCAAAAUCAAAUAGACAUUCAGGCCCUGUUUUCUAAAAUGCAGUCCAUUGAUAUUAACUGUGGAAUACAAAUGCAGGAAGGUUUAGUGCUGAGGGCAGUUUUAAGGAGGAAUGUGUUGUGCAGUACAGAUUGAAUCAAAUGGCAGAAUUAAGUUGAUAGUCACUAGUAAGUCUACAAGUAAGUUGGCUUCAAGCAGAAAUAAGUUUUACUAGGAAUUUAGAAGGAGUGGAAAGCAGAGGGAGGAUUAUUUUUUAGUUUGCUCAUAAGGAUAAGCUUAAAGAAAUAUUGUUUGUAGUUGAAAUGACUGAGCAAAUAAUUACAUUCAAAAUUAGUCACAAAUUGUUGAAGUUCAUCUUAAUCAGAGGCUCAUGAAAAAUAUACAAGGUUUUCCUUUUUUAGGUUUUCCUAUAGUCCUCCAGUGUGGCAAAAGAUGAAUGGUAAGCAUGUGUGUAAAAAGACUAGUGAGGACAGGAAAUCUCUGGCCCAAUUCUAAAAUUUGCCAUGCUGGCAAAUAAAGAUUUAGGAUGGGCCAUCUGCACUUCAGAGCCGGUAUGUCGUCACUAUGACAACAUUCUGGCACACUGCAGAGAUGUUAUGGAGGUGGAGUAGGCAGAUACGCUGGGGCAGACAUUUAGGAUCUAGACUGCUGUAAGCAAAACCAAACCUAAAUGUUUGGUAGGAAUGUGUAAUAGAGAGGUGUUAGAAUUACAAGCAAGUCUAAUGGCGCAAUCCUAUGCAUGUUGUGUCAGAAGUAAGUCCCAUAAAGUUCAAUGGGACUUACUCCCAGGAAAUGUAUUCAGGAUUGCAGCCUAAUAGAGCUACUAAGCAAGCUCUAAAAAGUGGUCAAAAAGCAAGUGAAGUAGAAUGCAUUAGUGGGUUGACAAGAUUCAUGUAGUUUUAAAAAAGAAAAGAACAAUAUAAUAAAUUUGAUACGGGAGGCACAAGUGCCAUUUGAGGCUACUUUUCAAUUACUGCCAGAGUACCCUUACAAACUCCUGAUGCUAAGACAACUGAGUCUUAACUCUUGGUGCUAACAAUGGAGCAUCACCAAUGGCAUUGCUUCAGUGUCACAGGCAGAAAUAUCACCACCACGUGUUUAGGAUCCAAGUGCCAAAUUCAUUUGUUAAAAAAAUAUUAAUGUGUUUUAUAGCAAAACUGUUAUAGAAAACAGCUGAAUUGGUUUCUCCAAGAUGUCAGUCUUGUAGGUGCCAUCCACAGUGCAUUGAGGCUGGCAAAAGCCUCCAUUGUGGAUAACAAUCCAAGGCAUUUAAUGAUUUCGUAUUGAUAACACAGAGAGCUAUAUAAAUAUAGAGAGAUAUAUUUAAAAAAAUACAUGCAACUUGAAUUAGAAGGCAGUGAAACACCUUCUUAUGUAAUGCUCACAAAACUAUCAUAUAAAAAACUUAUUUUGUUUACUCAAAAAUCUAUGACAAAGUGUUUCUAUUUUCUAUUUAUCAGAUUAAAAGCCCAAAUGAAGAUGGAUUGUAAAUCCACUUUAAAAUAUAUAUAUUGGCAAACAACCCCUGAUUCAGCAAUAGGUGGUUGGCAAAUGGAGCUCUGCUGCCCGCAAGGGUUGCUCCCAUUAGAACUGAGGAUGGGGCAUCACUUUUUGCACACAGUGAUGCCCUUUCAUUGACGUUAAUGGGAAUAACUAGCAAUAGCUCCUUGCCUGUGUAUGAGUGCAUAGAUCUCCGGACCAGGGUGAAAAAAUUUGGAGAUAAAAACACCCUGUCAACAAUCUUAUGCACACUUUCCUGGGAGCAUGCCCCAUUGAAUGCAGUGGGACUUACUUCCAAGUAAACAUGCAUAGGAUUGUGCUCACAAGUAGUGUCUUCAGAGCCCUCAAAACACAUCCCAUCUUGAAACAGGGUAUAAACACGUAAGUAAUUUGUGAGCCAUCAUUCCAACUUGCAAUUAUGUUGUUUGCACUGAUGUUACAAGAAUGGUUUUUGAAGUUAUGCAGCUGUUUGUUUGAUCUUUUCUUUCAAUAACAUUUUUUCUUUUCUAUUUUAAUAUUGUGGCAUCAUAGAGAAUAUGGAUCAGCUGAAGCAAAUAAAGCAUAUGUUUGCAUUUGCCAAAGGUCACUGAUAGAGUGCAUUUGCUGCAAUUGUGGCAGAUUUAGAGAAAUACUGUAGGUUAUGACUUAAAAGUUUAAAAAAAAAACCAAUUAAGAAGGUUACAGUGUAACUAUUUUGGUACUAUCACCAGUUCAUGCUGGCAGAAGAGACAAUGGUUUAUGGACUUGCAUCCAUUUUGUAUUUUUGUAAUAUUUGUAAAUAUGAACUUUUUAAAUUGUUGCAAAGAUGGUUUCUUUUGUAAAAUGUUUUCAAAGUUUACAUUAAAUCCAAGCCUUUGUAUAUUUUAGAGCUGUGCAACACUUUAAGUCUUGUAUUUAUUUUUAGUAAAAACAGUGACAGUUUCAUUGUGAACCCCCUCUCUAAAAUGUGUCAGAAAAGUUUGAUUAUCUAGGAAGUGUGUAUAGAAAUGGCAAAUAAACGUGACUGCAAUUAAA